AUGCUCGAUUUGGACACGGAAUGGAUCCGCAAGAUCUUCGCCGCCUCCUCCCAGGCCCCGCCGCUCCCUCCCCGCGACGCCGCGGCCCCUCCGCCCGCCUGGUUCCUCCUCGAGCCGCUGGGGUACAUCGCCGACCACGCCAACGCCACCUCCGCGGAGGCCUCCUCCAGCACGGGCCACACCUUCCGGGUCACCGUCUGCGCCGCCGACCCGCUGGGCCUCUCCCACGUCUGCGUCCACUGCCCCGGCCUCACCGCCGCCGACUUCUCCGACCGGCCCACCGUCGUCUGCUCCGAGAAGGACCUCCUCGUCCUCUCCGUCGUCUUCAUCUUCGGCGCCUACGCCAAGGAGGGCCUCAAGGAGUACUUCGUCUACAGGGCCGGGCCCGGCCGGCCGUCCCUCCACCUGCUCCCAGGCCCCUUCCCGCGCGUCCUCACCAAGGCCGACGUCGCGCUCGUGCCCCGCGACGACGGCGCGCAUUUCCUCCUGCCCGUCCUGUGCUUCACGCUCGGACGCUGGGUCUAUGACCUCCAUGUGUUCUCCUCCAUGACCUGGGCUUGGAGCGUGAAGGAGGUGGAGGGGGACGUGUCACCUGGUGCCAGAGCUGAGGUGUCCCACAUCAUAGCUUCCAAGGUGAUUCUGCUCGGAGAAGGCACGGUGGGAUGGGUUGAUCUCUGGAGGGGGAUUGUGGUCUGCAAUGUGCUCGAAGAAAUGCCCGUGCUGCGGUUCAUCCCGCUGCCCCCGCUGAUGCCUGGCCACAGGGAGGGCCCCAAGUCAUCCCCGUGGCCCAUUCGGAACGUCUCCUGCAGCGAUGGUUUGGUCAAGUAUGUCGAGAUAGAGAAACAUCAAAGGCAUGAUCCUGAUGAAAGGCCAUUCGAUGACAUUGACACACUCUACGAGGCAGACUGCUUGAAGAAGCACAAAGUAAUGGGCUGGAAGGCCAUGACAUGGUAUAGAAGGUUCUCUUGUGACCGUUGGAGCAAGGGGUCCGUGGCUUAUGAUAAGGAAAUCUCAGUUGACCAACCAAUGCAUUCAGUGUUAAUGCCUGAGCUGACGGAUGAUAAUGCCGGAGAGUUGACACUAAAGGACAUGCUAGCAUCUUACCCUGUCUCGAGCUUGGCAGAUCAUUGUGAUGAUGUUGUUUACAUGUUGUGUGAAUCAAAAUCUGGCAGCAAAAAGUCAUGGCUGAUCACUGUUGACCUGAAAAAGAAGAUAUUGGUUGAAUUGGCACCAUUUCCUCUCGAAGGAUAUUACAGCCCAGCCCACCCUUCUGAACUGUCCAAUUAUCUGAACGUAACUCCAGCAGAGGAAGAAGAUACUUCAGAAGGACCCUGA